UGGUGUCAUGGGCAUUGCUAAUUGCGUGGUAGUGACUGCCUAAAGUAUGAGAUGUUCGCUACUUACCAUUGACACCCCACUUGUUUACCCUAUUUCGAGGUCCUAAUCGCCAAAAAAGCCUCUACCGGACCCAUCUCAGAUCAGACGCAACAUAUGGAUGGUGAAAGUCAACAGUCCUCCAUAAGGCGAUAGACAGCUGUUGAAACAACAAUCUCAUAUGAUGUCAAUCUAUGAUAUCCCACCCUCCCCACCUGAACCGCUGCACGUGCGCGUAUACAGCAACAGAAAACACAAAAACAAAUCACGGCACUUAUCUGACUCAACGCGUAUCACACUGUCCACACGGAAACUAGGGGCUUCCUUCAUGAACGAGGAGGCGAAGAAACACUUGACCACCCAGAAAAUACGCCUGCCAGUGCAUCAGCUUGCUCUUUUGCGAACUACAACAAGCGAUGCGUUGCCUCAAUCGAGUAAUAUGAACGUUACUUUUUCCGAUUCCAUUGGGGUGACUGAUCCCAUAGAGGAUAGCCAACUCGAUGGGCCGAUUGCGGAUCCGUUAGGUGGUCCUAUGUACAACAUAGUCACGUUAGGAAAAACGCCGCUUCCCCACACGAUGCAGCACGCAGAUGGACGCAGCACAUCUAUAGAAAGAACUCCAGACAGAGCUUCUGCAGCCUAUGAAACGCCUAAAUGGAUGCGUAGUCCCACACUAAAGCAAAUUCCAGAUGUUCGUGUCGCUCAUGAUAAGCGCAUUGAUCACGAGCUCCAAACCGCUUUGGUGAGGCAGCCAGAUCGUCGAGGAAACUAUUUGUCAACAAGAACAAGGAGACAUGACAUCGUUCGUACUCUCACGCUAGAAAUCGGACCUUUGCCUUCGCCUGCAGAUGCAAUUCCACAUACUUCAUGCGCCAUGCCAAAGGAUAGACAAGAAGUUCAUGGAUCGCGCAACCCAUCCAGGCUUCAAGACUGGCAGAUUGGCCCAAAAUCGACGUAAUCGACACUCAUCAGCAGCUCAGAGCAUGUACGAAUAUUACCAGUUCUCUCUCCUCCAAAGGCUUCAUGGAGAGCUGGCCCUUGAUGGUUCUCCAGUAUUCGAUACUACUCCGA